GCGGCAGCUGGGGCGGCAGGUGAGGUGGCGCGACCAUUCCCUGCCCAUGUGUCCGCUUGCAUCAAGUGCUCAGAUCCGAGGCCAGGGAACCGGGUUGAGCUUCGCAGGAUCCCAGGGCGGGGGGCCGGCCUCCGAGAGGCUCUGGGGAUCUGUGCUGAAAAGGCCACGGCCCGCAGGGAUCCCCAAGGGGCCCCCAGUCGGCCUGGAUGGAUCUCCUCCCGUCGCCGCCGCCGUCCUCCCUGUUGCUGCUGUUGCUACUGCUAUUGCUGUGGCCUGCGGUGCCCGCGGUGGACAAGGACUGGCAGUGCCCCCGCAUCCCCUACGCAGCCUCCCGCGACUUCGACGUGAAGUAUGUGGUGCCCAGCUUCUCCGCGGGCGGUCCGGUUCAGGCCACGGCGACCUACGAGGGCGGCUCGGAUGGGAGUGCAGUGUUCGUGGCCACACGCAAUCGCCUGCACAUGCUUGGGCCUGACCUGCAGCCUAUUGAGACCCUGAUCACCGGUCCUGCUGGGGACCCUGGCUGCCAGACGUGUGCGGCCUGUGGUCCCGGCCCGCACGGCCCAGCAGGAGACACAGACACGCAGGUGCUGGUGCUGGAGCCGGCGCUGCCAGCGCUGGUCAGCUGUGGUUCGAACUUACAGGGCCGCUGCUUCCUGCAUGAGCUGGAGUCCGGCGGGACAACCCUGCACCUGGCAGCACCUGCCUGCCUCUUCUCAGCCCGCCACAACCUGCCUGAGGACUGCCCAGACUGUGUGGCCAGCCCACUGGGCACCCGCGUGACCGUGGUUGAUCAGGGCCAAGCCUCCUACUUCUAUGUGGCAUCCUCACUGGACCCAGCGGUGGCUGCCAGCUUCAGCCCACACUCCAUAUCCAUCCGGCGUCUCAAGGCCGAUGCCUCCGGGUUCGCACCAGGCUUUGCCACCCUGUCAGUGCUUCCAGAGUACCUCGCCUCCUACCGUAUCCAUUACGUGCACAGCUUCCACGCUGGAGCCUUCGUCUACUUCCUGACGGUGCAGCCGGUCAGUGUGACAGACGCUCCUGGUACCCUGCACACGCGCCUGGUGCGGCUCAGCGCCACUGAGGCGGAGCUGGGAGACUACCGCGAGCUGGUCCUCAACUGUCAUUUUGCACCUAAACGCCGACGCCGAGGGGCCCCAAAAGGUGGGCAGUCCUACCCAGUGCUGCAGGCAGCCCACUCCGCUCCAGUGGGCGCCCAACUUGCCACAGAGCUGAGCAUCACCGAGGGCCAGGAAGUGCUGUUCGGGGUCUUCACAACUGGCAGGGACAGCAGCCCUGGCGAGGGCCCCUCCUCGGUUGUCUGUGCCUUCCCUAUUGACCUGGUGGACACGCUCAUCGAUGAAGGUGUGGAGCACUGCUGUGGACCCUUUGUCCCUUCUGGCUUCCGGAGAGGCCUCGACUUCUUCCAGGCACCCAGUUUUUGUCCUAAUCCGCCUGUUCCGGAGGCCUCCAGCCCCAAUAUCAGCUGCCCUCACUUCCCUCUACUGAUCAGCCGCAGCCUCUCACGUGUGGACUUAUUCAACGGGAUGCUGGGGCCGGUGCAGGUUACUGCGUUGUACGUGACACGCCUCGAGAAUGUCACAGUGGCCCACAUGGGCACCGCUGAUGGGCGUAUCCUGCAGGUGGAGCUGGCCAGGUCACUCAGCUACUUGCUAUAUGUGUCCAACUUCUCGCUGGUCAGCAAUGGGCAGCCCAUUCAGCGAGAUGUCAGCCGCCUUGGGGACCACCUACUCUUCGCCUCAGGGGACCAGGUCUUCCAGGUACCUAUCCGGGGCCCUGGCUGCCACCACUUCCUCACCUGUGGACGCUGCCUGCGGGCACAGCGUUUCAUGGGCUGUGGCUGGUGCGGGGACAAGUGUGGCUGGCAGAAGGAGUGUCCUGGUUCCUGGCAACAAGACCGCUGUCCACCUGAGCUUACCGAGUUCCAUCCCCACAGUGGCCCCCUAAGGGGCAGCACGAGGCUGACUCUGUGUGGCUCCAACUUCUAUCUGCACCCCAACGGUCUGGUGCCUGAGGGAACCCACCAAGUCACUGUGGGUCGGAGUCCCUGCCGGGUGCUGCCCAAGGACACCUCAAAGCUCAGCCCAGUGCCCCGGAAGGACUUUAUAGAGGAGUUUGAAUGUGAGCUGGAGUCCUCGAGCACCCAGGCAGUAGGGCCUACCAACGUCAGCCUCACUGUGACUAAUAUGCCACCGGGCAAGCACUUCCGGAUAGAUGGCACCUCCGUGCUGGGAAACUUCUCUUUCGUGGAGGCUGUGCUGACAAAAGUACAACCCCUCUUUGGCCCGCGGGCAGGGGGCACCUGUGUCACCCUUGAAGGCCGGGGUCUGUCUGUCGGCGCCAGCCGGGCUGUGUUGGUCAAUGGAACCGAGUGCCUGCUGAAAGGGGUCAGCGAGGGGCGGCUUUUCUGUGUCACGCCCCCUGGGGCUGCCACGGCCAGCGUGCCCCUUCGCCUGCAGGUGGGAGGUGCCGAGGUGCCCGGUUCCUGGACCUUCCACUACAAGGAAGACCCGGUCGUGCUAGGCAUCAGCCCCAACUGUGGCUACACUGGCUCCCACAUCACCAUCCACGGACAGCAUCUGACUUCAGCAUGGCACCUACUGCUGUCGUUCCGGGACAGGCAUAGACAGGUGGAGAACAGGUGCGAGAAGCAGCUUGCGGAGGAGGAGCAGCGGUGCCGCCUGCCUGCAUAUGUGGUCCGAGGUCCCCCGGGGUGGGUGACAGGGAAUCUGAGUGUCCAGGGGGACGGAGCUGCUGGCUUCACCCUGCCUGGCUUCCGCUUCCUACCACCACCCCGCCCACCCACUGCAGAGCUAGCCCCACUGAAGCCCGAAGAGCAUGCCAUUAAGUUUCAGUAUAUUGGGCUGGGCACAGUGGCAGACUGUGUGGGCAUCAACGUGACCGUGGGUGGUGAGAGCUGCCAGCAUGAACUCCGGGGGGAUCUGGUGGUCUGCCCCCUGCCCUCCUCCCUGCAACUCGGCAAGGAUGGCGCCCCACUGCAGGUCUGCGUGGAUGGUGAGUGUCACGUCCUGGGCAGAGUGGUGCGGCCAGGCCCAGACAGGCCCUCACACAGCACACUCCUUGGUGUCCUGCUGGCCCUGCUCUUUCUCAUGGUUGUCGUGGCCACUGCCCUACUCGUCAACUGCUGGCGGCGGAAGAAGCAGCUGGGUGAGUUCUCCACUCCCACCCUGGCUCAGCCCCUCCUCCAAACAACAGCAUCUCCCUCUCUGGACCAUGAAGCAUCCUCCCCAGACAGUGGGGAUGGGUCCCGCGUCCCGCUGCUGCGGACCAAGUCCAUCCAGCUCAAGGACCUGGACUCGGCACUCCUGGCUGAGGUCAAGGAUGUGCUGAUUCCCUAUGAGCGGGUGGUCAUCCACAGUGACCAAGUCAUUGGCAAAGGCCACUUUGGUGUUGUCUACCACGGGGAGUACACGGACCAGGCCCAGAAUCGAAUCCACUGCGCUGUCAAGUCACUGAGCCGCAUCACGGAGCUGCAGGAGGUGGAGGCCUUCCUGCGAGAGGGGCUGCUCAUGCGGGGCCUGCACCACCCUAACGUGCUGGCUCUCGUGGGCAUCAUGCUGCCGCCGGAGGGGCUGCCCCAGGUGCUGCUGCCGUACAUGCGCCAUGGAGACCUGCUCCAUUUCAUCCGCUCGCCACAGCCGAACCCCACUGUGAAGGACCUUGUCAGCUUCGGCCUGCAGGUAGCCCGUGGCAUGGAGUACCUGGCAGAACAGAAGUUUGUGCACAGGGACCUGGCUGCCCGGAACUGCAUGCUGGACGAGUCAUUCACAGUCAAGGUGGCUGACUUUGGUCUGGCCCGCGACGUCCUGGAUAAGGAGUACUAUAGCGUCCAGCAGCACCGCCACGCUCGCCUACCGGUCAAGUGGAUGGCUCUGGAGAGCCUGCAGACGUACAGGUUCACCACCAAGUCCGACGUGUGGUCAUUCGGUGUGCUGCUGUGGGAACUGCUGACACGGGGUGCCCCGCCAUAUCCCCACGUUGACCCCUACGACCUCCCCCAUUUCCUGACUCAGGGUCGGCGCCUGCCCCAGCCUGAGUAUUGCCCCAAUUCUCUGUACCAAGUGAUGCUGCGAUGCUGGGAGGUGGACCCAGCAGCACGACCCAGCUUUGGAGCGUUAGUGGUGGAAGUGGAGCGGGUAGCGGCUGUGCUGCUUGGAGACCACUAUGUACAGCUGCCCGUGGCCUAUGUCAACCUGGGCCCUGGAGUCUCGGGGGAAGCCAAUGUGUUCCCGGAACAGCUGCAGUCCUCACCUGUACACAGGAGCACGGGGCGGCCCAGGCCCCUCUCAGAGCCGCCUCUGCCCACUUGACAUAAGCCCUGGGCAGGCCCGUGGGGCUGGAUCCACUCAGCAGCCUGGAGCUAACCCAAACUGCCUCUAGGCCAUGCCAGGCCGGAGGGCAGCAGCCUCCACCUUGUCCCUGCCCUUUAACCUUCAGAGGGGAUCGGAGAGGGUCAGGACACGGAGUGAGCCAGUGAGCGUGACCCCUCUGCAACACGUAUUUAUGGACUACAUGCUGUAUACACUGUCUGCUGGGCACAGGGGACUCAGCGACGACCACACGGACACUGGCCUUGGACACAGUAAAGGAACAAAUGAAUAUUCACGUACGAAUUGUGGUAAAUGCUGUCAAAGAAAGAAGGCUGCUCGGCGGGCAUAGGAGACAGUUUUAGAGAGGUGAAUACAGAGGUGAGGGGAGCCUCCCAGGAGGUGACGUUUCUGCUGAAGCUCUAGCAGGUGAAUAAAAACAGCAGGGCCAGCAGGUGAUGAGGA